AUGAUGAACAAAUUCGCUCUUUCUCUUGUGUCUAACCGUAUUUCACCAUCAAUAAUCGGAUUUCGGCCAUUCUCAAUUUCAAAUACAUAUUUUCAAAGUGCUCCAUUCAAAUCGAAAACUAAUGAUCAAUCAUGUGUUGCUGAAGAAAAAAAUGAAAAAGUGUUGCGAGUUGAAGAUUCAUUAAAAGAUUUAUCAUCAGUAAAAUGGCGAACAGAAUUUAAUGGAAAACGAUUAUGGCCCCAUGAUCAAUGGCCUGAACGCGAUUUGGUAAACUAUCCUCCAUAUAAACUUCGUGAAGCACCAAAUCCAGUUCGUUGGUAUUGUGUACCUGAAUCAUGGUUUAAAUUUUUUUAUGAAAAAACUGGUGUUACUGGACCAUAUAUGUUUUUCUAUGGUUUACUUGUCUAUGGAUUUAGUAAAGAAUAUAUUGUUUUAUGGUAUGAUUUUACUGAAUAUCUUAUAUUGGCUGCAGCUGUUAUUACUGUCGUUAAAAAACUUGGUCCAUCGAUUAGUGAUGCUUUUCGAGGUUGGCAUCAAGAUGAAGUUGGUCGAUAUAAUUCAGUUGUUAAUAAUUCAAAAGCAAUGGCUGGAAAAAUGUUGCAUUCUUAUGAAGAAUCUUUAGAACGUGCUAAAAGUAUUGGAGCACUAGCUGAAGCACGAAAAGAUAUAAUUAAUAUGGGUUUAGAAACAUCCUAUAGAGAACGAAUGAAACAAUUAUAUGAAUCUGUUAAACGUCGUCUAGAUUAUCAAGUUGCUUUACAAAAUGCAAGAAAAGAUUUUGAAAGAACGAAUAUGAUUAAUUGGAUUACAAGUGAAGUUAAAAAAUCGAUUACAGAUAAACAAGAAAAAGAUACUUUACAAUCAUGUAUUAAUCAACUUAGACAAAUUGCUUCGCAACAACGAUCAUUAAAUAGUUAA